AUGGGCGAGCAUAAUCUCCUGAAUCCCGGGUUUGUGGGGCCGCUGGUGAACAUCCACACGGGGGACACGUUCUACUUCCCCAACUUCCGCGCGUCCGGGGCGCAGCUGCCGGGGCUGCCGUCGCUGUCCUACCCGCGCCGCGACAACGUGUGCUCGCUGCCCUGGCCGUCGGCGGAGCCCUGCAAUGGCUACGCGCAGCCCUACCUCGGCAGCCCCGUGUCGCUCAACCCGCCCUUCGGCCGCACGUGCGAGCUGGCGCGAGUGGAGGACAGCAAGGGCUACUACCGCGAGCCGUGCGCCGAGGGCGGCGGGGGCCUGAAGCGCGAGGAGCGCGGCCGCGAGACGGGCCCGGGGGUCGGCCCGGGGGCCGCGCUGCUGCCGCUGGAGCCGUCGGGGCCGCCCGCGCUCGGGUUCAAGUACGACUACGCGGCCGGCGGCGGCGACGCGGGAGCCGCGCACGACCCGCCCUCGUGCCAGUCCCUGGAAUCCGACUCCAGCUCGUCCCUGCUCAACGAGGGCCCCAAGGGCGCCGGCGCGGGCGACCCGGGCGGCUUGGCGUCGCCCUUACACCCCGGCGGCGGGCUCUCGGCCAGCGGCGCGCCCUGGUACCCGAUCCACAGCCGCUCCCGGAAGAAGCGCAAGCCCUAUUCGAAGUUGCAGCUGGCGGAGCUGGAGGGGGAGUUUCUGGUGAACGAGUUCAUCACACGGCAGCGCCGGAGGGAACUCUCAGACCGCUUGAAUCUUAGUGACCAGCAGGUCAAGAUCUGGUUUCAGAACCGGAGAAUGAAAAAGAAAAGACUUCUGUUGAGGGAGCAAGCUCUCUCCUUCUUUUAGAGGGCAAGACACGGGCACCCGCCCCGGACUGAGCCUGUCUCUGGCAGAGAGCAAGGGGGGCGCUGCCUGGGACACAGUCCCCGCUUAGAACGCCAGGCAUCUCUGGCAGGCGCUCCCUGGACAUCCUCUUGUCUGUUUUGUUUGUGGUUCCCUCCCACACACCCCCCAGCAGGCCCUGCCAGGUCCCAGCCCAGCCAGGGAAAGAGGAAGCCCGCAGCUGCAGACAGGGGAUAGGGUCAGCGAAGGCUGAGGUGCUGGGGAGAGGCUGCUCUGCAGUGGGACUGGGGCAUCGGGCCUCUGGCUGAGGACCUGGAGGAAAGGCAAUCCACGCACCCUCCUCCCUCCCACAACUCUCCUUCCAGGGUCUUGAGUCAGCCAGCAGUGGGCAGAGGUGGGGACAGUGGAACCAAGGCUCCCCAAACUCCCAACAGUUGGGGUUAGGAGAGGAGGGAGCGAGAGUGGAGGAUCGGUGGGGAGACCGGAAGGGGUUAGGGCAGCUCCGGGAGGGCAGGAGGAAGUGCGGGAACCUAGAGGAAGUCCGGUUCGGGAGAACAGAGUGAUCGGCGAUGCUCGAGUCCACAGGGGUCUGGUCCCCUAGGCCUGGACACCCCACAGGCGCAGACAGGCGGCUGGUGACCUGGCUGCGGACGGGGCGAGCGUCAGCCUCCCGGCCCCUCUGGGGCAGGCUGCAGGAAGAGUCUGGGCCCCUCUCCCCUGGGCCCUGCGCCGCGCUCACAGGUGUGCCUCCCUCCACUCUUCCUGCCGCCCUGGCGGCUGCGGCCCGAAGCCGGGAGCGUGAGACUGGGAGCUGGGCCGAUCCGGUGUCCGGUGUAGCGGCCCCCCAGGGACCCCCACCCGGCCCUCCAGGAGGCCCGGGAGGCCGGGAAAGGGGCUGCGAGGCGCACCGUUGAUUGGCCGGGAGAGUUGUUGGCAGCCGCGCGGCUCGGCCGAUCCCCCCUUCCCGCUGGCGUUCACGGUCACGGCCGAGGCUGGCCCGGCAUAAUUUACGAGGCAGGAGGAGAAUCUGCCCCUAAAGGGGCUACCGGCUACGGAGGCCCCU